UGAAGAAAUUCCUCAAGAUACCAUGGUCAUAUCUGUUCAGAAUAUUACAGCCAACACGGCUGUGGUCAUUUGGCCAUCAAUGUCAAGCUGUUCUGACAGCUUCUAUAGUAUCAUGUAUCAGUCAAACUGGAAUACAAUGUUGUCUGGGUACUCCAAGGAGAAAUUUAAAGAGGAGCGGAUUCCUACAAGCCGGACAUUGCAUACUGUUGAAAACCUCGCCCCUCUCACAACAUACAUUCUGUGCGUGACUUGUCAGUCUGCCAAUCCAUCCAGUGACCAGUGCAAAGUCUUUAACACUUUAGGCCCAGACCCAGCAACUGUAAACAGCAAGAAAAAAGAUCUAGCACUGGGUAUCUGGCUCACAAGCAGCAUUAUACUCCUCAUUAUAGCCUGUAUCUUAAUCUACGGCUGCUUACAUAUAUGGUGGCGGAAACGUCAGGAACGUGCUUCGGCCCAAAAUGCUGAAAGCAAUGAUAGGAACAAAAGACAGGCCUGGACAAAAAAUGAAGAACCAGUAGAGGAGUAUGAGAAGCCAGGCCUGUUAGCGGUGGCAGAAGAGGACAAGAGAGAAGAUGUCUGUGCAGACAACACCCAACAAGACACACAAAAAGAUCCUUUAACAGGAGAUGAAACCAACAGCCUGAACUGCACUCAUCCAGAACAAAAAGUUGUGCAACUAACUGCAGUGAACUGAC